CGAAGCUUAUAAACCUCUGUGGCCACUUACAACGCUACUUAUGAUGGAAAUUGGGAUACUAAAACUAAAAUAAAAUGGAUAUCGAAGUCUUAGAUUAGGGCACCAAGGACGCGUAAUUUCCGUGCGUAAAUGGGUAGAUGUGUUUGGAUGUUAUAUACAUAUUAGAAUUGAGGCAGUAUUAUGAACUGGAAUUGAAAUCUACAAUUACACCAGAGGUAAGCUACAGUGUCGCUCCUUGCUUCAGCACCGGAUGGCUCGAGGACCUCGCGCCCGCGGGCAGGCUGUUGGAUCGCUGAAACAACAUGCACGUUACUCUCUCUGAGGCAGGGCUAACGUGUGGAUAGUGACACUCAUCGAGGCAGAGCUUAAUGGGAAAGACAGUGAAGUUUUUCAGUCAGAGUAUCUUGAUUGUCACUCCCCGCCCACACUAACAGUAGUGGUGAAGUUGUCCUGACAUGCCUCCCGGCUGCGAAGAUGACAGCUUUUGCUCACAAUUCACGAUUUCAAGCUAACGUUUUGACAGCGGACGGACUCACCUCCAUGCUCUCCAGUGAAGUUGGACUUCUUACCAGCAGAGUACAAAAUGGGACACAACCACCUGUUCUCUGUGGGGACGGCUUUUCUCUGCUCCCUACUGUUGUGUGAGUCAGUUCUUUGUUUUGAGAAGACCCACUCGCACGCUGAGGAUGAGCUCUUCAAGACGCUGUUCGCCGGGUACAACAAGUGGUCGAGACCCGUGCCCAACAUCUCUGACGUGGUCAUCGUCAAGUUCGGACUGUCCAUCGCACAGCUCAUAGAUGUGGAUGAGAAGAACCAAAUGAUGACAACUAACGUGUGGCUUAAACAGGAGUGGAAUGACUACAAACUUCGCUGGAAACCGUCCGAUUACGACAAUGUGACGUCCAUCAGAGUGCCGUCAGAGCUCCUAUGGGUGCCAGACAUCGUCCUCUACAACAACGCUGAUGGCGAGUUUGCUGUGACCCACAUGACAAAAGCUCACCUAUUCCACAACGGUAAAGUCCGCUGGGUGCCUCCUGCCAUCUACAAAAGCUCCUGCAGCAUCGACGUCACCUUCUUCCCCUUCGACCAACAGAACUGCAAAAUGAAAUUUGGCUCGUGGACGUACGACAAGGCCAAGAUUGACCUGGAGAAAACGGAAGCAGUGGACCUGAACAACUACUGGGAGAGCGGCGAAUGGGCCAUCAUCAACGCAGUGGGGACGUACAACACCAAGAAAUACGACUGCUGCCACGAGAUCUACCCAGACAUCACCUACUUCUUCAUCAUUCGGAGGCUGCCCCUGUUUUACACCAUCAACCUCAUCAUCCCCUGCCUGCUCAUCUCCUGCCUCACUGUUCUGGUGUUCUAUCUGCCCUCAGACUGCGGGGAGAAGAUCACCCUGUGCAUCUCCGUGCUGCUGUCCCUCACUGUUUUCCUCCUCCUCAUCACCGAGAUCAUCCCCUCCACCUCCCUCGUCAUCCCGCUGAUCGGAGAGUACCUCCUCUUCACAAUGAUUUUCGUCACCCUCUCCAUCGUCAUCACUGUGUUCGUGCUCAACGUGCACCAUCGCUCUCCUAGCACUCACAAGAUGCCCCGCUGGGUCCACUCCGUGUUCCUGGACAUGAUCCCGCGCUGGCUUUUCAUGCGGCGGCCCGCGCCAGAUGUCCGCCGUCGCAGGCUGUUGCUGCUGCAGCAGGAGGCGGCGGCCGACCGGAGGCAGGCCCGAUUGGCCGGGUUCAAACAUGGCAACUGCCUCAGCACCUCGGCCAACUGGCUAAGAGACGGGACAUCCUCACAGGACCCCAAGAGAAGCUCUUAUGAGGACUUAGAGCUGGGGACCCUGACGUCAUAUUUCUCCUUUCGCCCUCCUUCGCCCAGACCUCCGGGGUCCACUCCCCCGACCCAACAGAAAAACCAACAGAACAGCCAGAACCAGCAGGAGGGGGCGACGGGGGCAAACAGACAGAGACUCAAUACCAUUCAGAGGGCCAUUAAAGGAGAUAACACAGUAUCAGACUCAACUUUCCUGCUCUCACCAAGUGUUAUACGUGCUCUGGAAGGGGUGCACUACAUCGCAGACCACCUGAGGGCCGAGGAUGCUGACUUCAGCGUGAAAGAGGAUUGGAAGUAUGUCGCCAUGGUGAUUGACCGCAUCUUCCUGUGGAUGUUCAUUAUUGUGUGCCUGCUUGGGACCAUCGGCCUCUUCCUACCCCCUUGGCUAGCUGGCAUGAUCUAGCUCAUGGGAGAAUGUGUGAAAAACCCAUAACCGCCACUAGUUAGUGAAUUUGAAAUUCAAAAUGUAGCUGACCUCUACUUCACGCUUGUGUAAUAUACUGCGUUAAAGGCCUCAUGAGGCUAUAAAGCUCUUUAUGCACCACCAAAGCAAAAGUGGGGAAAAACCGAAUGGUAGCA